AUGGCAAAAGAUGAAGUAAUCAUUCAGCUCUCAAAAAAGCCAAAUGAAACUAAUCAAGAAACUACUACAUAUACUGGUUCUACCGGAAGUAAGACUGUUAAAAUUACCGUCACAAGAUCUGAAGAACCUACUCCUGACUUCCUCAAGUACGUCUAUGCGAAUGUGAAUAACACUGAUGGAGGGAAUAAACCAUUCAAACUAAUAGCAGUUAAAGAUGAUACUGGUGUAAAUAUUCCUGUUAUAAGUGAGGCAAAGGAUGUAACUUCAGUUGCAGCUUAUUACUGGAGGCAUGAAAUACCUGGUGGGACCCCUAAGACAGCUCUCCUUGUGAUUGUUGCUACCACUGAUCCUAAGGGAACCAAGUACUAUGCCAAUGUAAAGAAUAAUGGUAGCAAUGAGUGGACUAAACUUGGUGCAAGCAUUAAACCUCCACUCACAAAUAAUGAUUUUGAAAGAACACUAAAUGACCUAGUCUGUUCGAACUUUGAUGCGGUCACAAUGGAUAUAUCACAUAAUGCAUCCUCUGCUAGAGCUAGCAGUAGACAGCCAUAUUGUUGCCGUUGCAACAAGCAUAGUCUGAUAGAAAGGAGAGUCUCUGUUAACAAGGGGGUACUUCCAGUUCCAGUUUCCCCCAAAAUUCAAUACUAUAAGCACGAUAUUUCUGGCAGAAAUAGUAGACUAGCAGGCAUUAACUAUUAUCCAGGUGGUACUAAUGCUAACACUCCCAGUCAAAGAAGACGUAUAAAGUCCUCAAACUUCCUCUUCCCCAUGGAUGGUGUCAAAGCUGUCUAUGCAUUCCACUGUAAUCACAAUCCAGCUCUUAUCUACGUUAGCUCAUCUCAAGAUGAUGUUAAGGGAUGGUACGAGCCAAGUUCUACUGGUGACAAUGUUACAUGGCAGAAAGUCCCUGGAAUAUCAAAGGACCCAGAGAAUAUUAAAGACUGUAAUGGAAGCGACUUCGAUGCACUUGUGGAUGUACUAAUUGAAUUUAAAUGUCGAAACUUGGGAACAUGUAAAGAGCUUACUCAACUCUCAUCUACAAAACUAGGUGCUGCUGGAUCUCCUGGACCUCAAGGACCUGGUAGAGAUGGUGAUCCUGGUAAAGAAGCUAAAGUUGAUAAAUCGGGUCUUUUUACUUCUGCUGGUGCUCCUGCUACUACUCUUCCUACUACUGAUCAUUCUGACUCAGAACCUCUUAAAACACAGAAUGACAAUGGUGAUCCAUCUCCUGAACAAACUUCUCAACAAGAUGCUGAACCAUCUCUCCAAACUGAUACUACCAAUGGUGAAGGUGCUCAUUCUGGAGGUGGUGGAAGACAAGACUCUGAUGAUGAUACUAGUCUACCUAAUAGUUGUGCCAUAGAUGCUUCUCCUGGAAUUACUGCUUCUAAUGCUCUACGCUGA